AUGCACACUGAAGGGGGACUAGAGGAAGCACCCUGCCCCACAGUGGAAGAGAAGCAGCAGCUAUUGAGGGUGUGGAUCUUAGGGCUAGAACUGCAGGUUUUCCAGAGGGCCGGCCAGCCCUCAUGCGCCACGGAGCCUGGCAGAACCUCGAAGUCUAACCAGACGCUGGUGACUGAGUUUGUGCUGCAGGGGUUCUUGGAGCACCCUGCGCUGCGGGUGCCACUGCUCGGCUGCUUCCUGGCGCUCUACGCUGUGGCUCUCACGGGCAACACCCUGAUCGUCGGCGUGGUGGGCUACAGCACGGGUCUCCACAGCCCCAUGUACUUCUUGUUCAAUCUGGCCACCUUGGAUGUCGUCUGCACCUCCGCGAUCCUGCCCAAGGUGCUGGUGGGCCUGGCCUCACAAGAAAAUACCAUUUCUUACACGGGCUGCAUGGCUCAGCUAUUUCUUCUCGUCUGGUCGGCAUCCUCGGAGCUGCUUCUGCUUUCGGUCAUGGCCUUCGAUCGCCACAUGGCCAUCUGCCGUCCCCUGCACUACAGCGCCAUCAUGAGCCCGCGGGUAUGCGUGGCGGUGACCGAUGGUGUGUGGAGCAUCUGCGCCCUGAACGCCUCCAUACACACGGGCCUGGCGCGGCUAACCUUCUGCGGCCCUCGCGUCAUCACGCACUUCUUCUGCGAGAUCCCGCCCCUGCUGCUGCUCUCCUGCAGCCCCACGCGAGUGAACAGCAUCAUGACAGUCCUGGCUGACGGCUUCUACGGCUUCACCAACUUCCUGCUCAUCCUAGUAUCCUGUGGCUGCAUCGUGGCCAGCACCCUGCGCAUCCGCUCAGCAGAGGGCAAGCGCCGCGCCUUCUCCACCUGCUCCUCCCACCUUAUCGCUGUUUCCGUGUACUACAUGGCUGUGUUCUGCGCCUACAUCAGUCCGGCCUCCAGCUACAGCCCGGAGAGGAGCAAAGUGGCGGGGGUGCUGUACACGGCGCUGAGUCCCACCCUGAACCCGCUCAUCUACACGCUGCGGAACACGGAGGUCCAGCGCGCCCUUGGCAAGCUCCUCCCCUUCAGCAGACAAUGA